AUGCCUAGCGGGACUCUUCUUCUGCUGCUCCUGGUGCUGCCUUGUGCCACCCAGGGGAAGAGGGCGGCCAAGUGCCCCUUGAAGUUAAUGAAGGAUCCCUUUGAUCCGUACAACUUUUACAGGCCAGGGGACCACCGCAUCGGUGGCAUCUUGCCCAUGCUGCAUGCUACCUUCGAGCUAAACUCGUUCUCCCACCCGCCUUUUAUCAGCCUUGAAAUAAAGGGUGAUACAAUCUAUUUGAACAACAUGGCCUUCUUGUAUGCCAUUCAGGAGAUCAACCGGGAGGUGAGGCUCUUGCCCAACCUCACCCUGGGCUACAACAUCUAUGACAACUAUUUUGAUGCCAGAAUCACCUACGAUGCCAUGCUGGACCUGCUGUCUCCUGGGCAUCAGAACAUCCCCAACUAUGGCUGUGGAAGGCAGAAUGACAUGCUGGCUGUCCUGGAAGGGGCAGACACGGAAAUCUCCAACCAUAUUUCAGCCAUGCUGAGCCUCUACAAGAUGCCACAGGGUGUGGUGACCUUCGAGGAGGUGGCUGUGCAUUUUACGGAGGACGAGAGGGUCCUGCUGGAUCACGGCCAGAGGGCUUUGCACAAGGAAGUUAUGCUGGAGAACUGGCAGACUCUGUCCUCUUUGGGAAGACUUCUGUUUCCUAAACCUGACCUCAUUUUCCAGCUGGAAGAGGGAGAAGAGCCAUGUAUUGAGACCUCUGAUGAAGAGUCAUCUGCAGGCUAUGGGAAGAUGGAUGAGAAUGAGGACAAAGAGCAGCAAGCUGAAGCCAAACAACUGUGGAAGAGGAAAUCCAAGGAGCCUAAAAAUGGAGGAACUCAAGAGGAAGGUCGGAGAGGAAAUCAGAAUGAAUUUCUUCUAGAUGCUAAAAUCUUAAUUAGGAAAUCAAGCAGUGGCACACCUCAAAGUCUGCCAAAGAGUGAACCAACAUUUAAAUGUUCACAGUGUGGAAAGUGUUACAAGCAGAAAAGAAACCUGAUGAUACAUCUAAAGAUGCACAGUGGUGAGAAGCCGUAUAAAUGUAUGCAGUGUGAGAAAAGCUUCACUCGAAAAGCAAUGCUUAGUGUACAUCAGAGAAUGCACACUGGAGAGAGACCCUAUCAGUGCUUGGCAUGUCGAAAGAGAUUCACUCGAAGAGCUGGUCUUAGGUUGCAUCAGAGAAUCCACACAGGGGAGAAACCCUAUCAAUGCACAGAGUGUGGAAAAAGAUUCAGGCGGAGCACUGGCCUUACUGCGCACCAUAAGAUCCACACUGGGGAGAAGCCGUAUACAUGUUCUGUGUGUGGAAAGUGCUUCAGCCACAGUGCACACCUUAAAGUGCAUCAAAGAAUCCACACAGGGGAGAAACCAUUCAGAUGCUCAGAGUGCGGAAACAGCUUCAGGCAGAGGGUACACCUUACCUUACAUCAAAGAAUCCAUACAGGAGAGAAGCCAUAUACAUGUUCAGACUGCGGAAAGAGUUUUAGUCAAAGCAUAGGCCUUACUUCUCAUCAGAAGGUCCACAUGGGCAAGAAGCCAUAUGCUUGUUCUGAGUGUGGAAAGGGCUUCAGCUGGAAGCUCUCCCUGCAUAUGCAUCAAAACAUCCACACAGGUGAUAAACCCUACCAGUGUUCUGAGUGUGGCAAGCAAUUCAGGUGCAGCCGAAAACUUAAGAUCCAUCAAAGAAUUCACACAGGCCAGAGGCCAUACCAGUGCUCAGUGUGUGGAAAGAGCUUUAUUCGCAGCACACAUCUUACAUUACAUCAAAGAAUCCACACAGGGGAGAAGCCCUACACAUGUUCAGAGUGUGGAAAGAGCUUUAGUCACAGCUCACACUUUAAAAGACAUCAGAGAAUCCACACAAGAGAAAAGCCAUUUCAGUGUUUGGAGUGUGGAAAGCACUUUCAGCAGCGCACGGCUCUUACUAAACAUCAAAGAUGUCACCGAAGGGACAAACCUCACAGAUGCCUUCAGUGUGGAAAAGGCUUCAGUCAAAAGUCAAGCCUUCUUUUACAUCAAAGAGUCCACACUGGAGAGAAACCGUAUAAAUGCAUGGAGUGUGGAAAGAGCCUCGGCUACAGUUCUCAACUUAAUCAACACCGAAGAAUACACACAGGGGAGAAACCAUUUGUAUGCAAGGACUGUGGAAAGAGCUUCUGCCACAGCACAAGCCUUAGUUCACACAGGAGAGUUCACACUGGGGAGAAACCAUUUAAAUGCUUGGAGUGUGGAAAGAGUUUCAGUCAUAGCACGUACCUUACUUCACAUAAGAGAUUACACACAGGGGAGAAGCCAUACAAAUGCCUGGAAUGUGGAAAGAGUUUCAGCCAAAAAGCACACCUUACUUCCCAUCAGAGAAUCCAUACAGGGGAAAAGCCAUAUAAAUGCUUGGAAUGUGGAAGGAGCUUCACUCAGAGCUCACACCUCACUUUGCAUCAGCGAGGCCACACUGGAGAGAAGCCGUAUAAAUGCUUGGUAUGUGGAAAGAGAUUCAGCAAUCGCACCUAUCUUACUUGCCAUCAGAGGAUCCAUACCGGAGAGAAGCCAUAUCUGUGCCUGCAGUGCGGAAAGAGCUUCAGCCAGAGUUCAAGCCUUAUUUCACAUAAAAAAACCCACACUGGAGAAAAACCAUAUAAAUGCAUGGAAUGUGGAAAAAAAUUCAGUCAUAGUUCUCAAUUAACUCAACAUCAAAGAAUACACACAGGGGAAAAACCAUAUGCAUGUUUACAAUGUCAAAGAAGCUUCAAUAGUAGCAGUGGCCUUACUUCCCACAUGAGAGUUCACACAGGAGAGAAAAUGUAUCAGUGUCUGGAAUGUGGAAAGAGGUUCAGCCAUGGUACAAACCUUACUUCACAUAUGAGAAUCCACACAGGGGGGAAACCAUAUCGGUGCAUCGAGUGUGGAAAAUACUUCAGUCACAGGACAAGGCUCACUACACAUCAAAACAUCCACAGAUGGAAGAAACCAUAUACCUGUUUUGAGUGUGGAAAGAGCUUCAACUCUAGUUCAGGUCUUACUUCUCACCGCAGAAUCCACACAGGAGAAAAACCAUAGAAAUGCAUGGUGUGUGGAGAGAACUUUUCUCCACUAUACCACACUCCCUACUUUGCAUCAGAGAAUUCACAAUGAAGAGAUAAAUGACUCGGGUAUGAAAUGAACUUUUGGUGGAAUGCAUGCUUUAGUUUAAAUCAAAGAAUGCACACAAGAGAAAAUCCACAUGCGUGUUUGGAGUUGGAAAAUGCUUUCGGUGCAACACAUACUUUAUAUCCAUGAAAGAAUGUACAUGGGAGAUACACCAUAAAAUCAU